AUGUUCGCGACUCUUCGCACUGAGGAUCGGCACGGAGAGGUCCCUAGACGACGAAAAGUCGACAGAACAUCAGCACUUGACAAUGUGGAAGCAGCAAAGACAACUGUGGCGGCUCAGACGAUCAUCACAACAUCAGCUGAAGGAUUCAGAUCUGAACAGUUGUUGCCAGCUGCACAUACACAAUCAGCCAGAGGAUCCCAGAUCGGAGAAUCCUUAGUCCAAGCACCUGGAUUCAUCGACUCGAGCCAAUCAUCCGGCUCCCAAUCAUGCGAGCUGCUGCCCGGCACAAGUCCUGAUUUCCAAGAUUUGGACUUACCAGACUACAUGGAGUCAAACACGAACGAUUUUGAUAUGGAUGAGCUGCUUGAUGUCCAUGGGGCUUUAUCGGAGCAAGAUGCAGAAGCUCUUGAGAUGGGUAGUGCCUUUGCGACCUGCACAUCUCCCAAAGACAAAGCAACCACGCGCGAGAGUAGUCUCGCCACAAGCAAUUCGUCGUCAGAGAAGGUUGUUGGAAUACUGGAAGAUGUAGCCUCGGUCUGGGAGUCAACCACGUUGGCUUGCGGCUCAGAUGGAAACGCAGCGCAGAUCGAGGUGUAUGGCCAUGCACACCGUUGGGUCCCGAUUUCUCUUGGUCAGUAUCAUAUCGACACUGUCCAGGAGCGGUGCGAAAUAUUCGGUUUCUUGAUCCUGGCCCAGGCGAAAAACCUCGGUAGCUUACUGGAUCGUCUGAGGCUCCAUGCAGAGGAGAGGAGAUUGGAAUCGCAACAGAGCUCCCUUCAGCCGAUCGCCUUAAGGGUCCAGGAAUUGCAAGAAGCACUGAGUGGGAUGGAUAUUUAG